AUGCGAUCACUUCUUCUCUCCCUUCGCCGCGUAACUCUGUUCUCGAGGCAUCAACGAUACGCUUGCGCUUCUGUUCAAAAUUGUUUGAUCCCAAGCAAUCACACCUUGCUUUCUCCCCCAUUUAAUCGAUCAUUGCUCUCGGCUUAUUCUUUCUCUUCUCCUGCUCAUUCCAAUGGAGAAGAGAAAGUUGCGGGGCCUUUAGUGGAGUAUCAACGCAGAAUCGUGGCUGGAGAGCUUUUGGAUGGAGAUUUAUGUCAGCUUGGUACCUUGAGAGAACUUCAGAGACUCUACGAUGAGCUUGUUCAAUCCGCCGAUGCCUGUCGAUUGGAUCGUUAUUCUGCAACCGCGAAAUCCACUAGGAGUAAUUGGUUCUGGAACAAAUUUGUGUCUCACUCUUCUGUCUCUCCCGUCAAAGGCUUAUACUUAUACGGAGGAGUUGGAACUGGGAAGACAAUGCUCAUGGAUUUGUUUUUUCAUCAAUUGCCAUCAAGCUGGAGAUCACAAAGGAUUCACUUUCACAAUUUCAUGUUGAGUGUUCAUAGCCGCCUCCAAAAGCACAAGGGUCUUGAAGAUCCACUUGAAGUCGUUGGCCUGGAAAUAGCCGACGAGGCUAUAUUACUAUGCUUAGAUGAGUUCAUGGUCAAUGAUGUAGCUGAUGCUCUGAUACUAAACCGUCUUUUUAAACACUUGUUUAACAAUGGCAUUGUUCUUGUUGCUACAUCAAACCGUGCUCCGGAUAAUCUCUAUGAAAAGGGUUUACAGAGGGACCUAUUCCUUCCGUUUAUCGCCACACUAAAGGAAAGAUGUGUGGUUCGUGAAAUUGGUUCGUCGGUCGACUAUCGGAAACUGACUUCUGCUGAAGAGGGAUUCUACUUCAUUGGAACAGAUAUUUCUGGUCUUCUUAAACAGAAGUUUCAGCUGUUGGUUGGUAAUGAACCGGCCGGUCCUCAAGUGGUUGAAGUAGUAAUGGGAAGGAAAUUGCAGGUUCCACUGGCUGCAGAUGGGUGUGCCUACUUUCUUUUUGAAGAGCUGUGUGAUAGACCCCUAGGCGCAGCCGAUUAUCUCGGAUUAUUCAAGAAAUUCCAUACGUUGGCUCUGGAAGGUGUACCCUUUUUCGGGCUCCACAAUAGAACCGCAGCUUACCGCUUCGUGACACUGGUUGAUGUGAUGUAUGAGAACAAAGCCAGACUCCUGUGCACAGCAGGGGGUAGCCCUCUAGAACUGCUGGAGAGAAUAGUAACAAUCUCUGACGCGCAGCAAAUAGCACCUAGAACCUCUGCAAGAUCAAGGAAGAGUGAUGAUCUCGACUUAUGCGUGGACAACGAGCUUGGUUUUGCUAAAGACCGUACCAUUAGCAGAUUAACGGAGAUGAACAGCAAAGAAUACUUGGAACAACAUGCAAGAAUGUUGCUAGAGAAGCAGCCUUCUUCUUAG